AUGUUUCCUCGACAGGAGGACGAUGGACAUGCCCGCGGCCAGCGAGCGUUAGUGGUGACGGCGGUGCUGACUGCAAUUGCCACGACGAUAGUCGGCAUGCGGCUCUUUGCCCGCGCUGGCCUGAUGAAAAUCAUGGGCCGCGAAGACUGGGCCAUUCUGGCUUCUCUGACCUUUUCGAUCAUUUAUCUCGCGCUUGUUGCUGCUCAAUUACAUUUCGGCAUGGGCACACAUUCAGCAGAUCUGCCCGUAGCUAUGCUACAAACGCAGCUCAAAUGCCUCUGGGCCGCAAUCCCAAUGUACAACGCCAGCCUAGCGUGCACUAAAUUUUCUAUUCUCUUCCAAUACCUCCGCAUCUUCCCCUUACAUCCCUUCCGAUUAACCUGCUACAUUAUGAUGGGAGUAGUAGCCACAUACUCCUCCUGGGCCAUUGUGACCGGAUACGUGAACUGCGUGCCAGUGGCCAAAUUUUGGAACCAUGAUCUGCCGGGCCACUGUCUCAACUUCGAGGCGAUUUGGUUCUUCAAUGCCGCGAUGAAUAUCGUCACGGAUGUGACCCUGCUUAUUAUGCCCAUGCCGAUGCUCUCGCAGCUGCACUUGCCGCGUAUGCAGAAGGUUGCAUUGAUUGGUGUUUUUGCUAUUGGUAUUUUGGUUGUUAUCACGAGUAUUCUCCGUCUGUCGAGUCUACGCACUGUUGCCCAAAGCACAGAUACUUCCUACAGCAACGUCGACGCAGCCUACUGGACUGCUGCAGAAUGCAACGUCGCCAUAAUCUGCGCCUCGCUCCCCUUCCUCCGCCCACUCAUCAGCCACCUCUUCCCGAGACUGCUCUCCAGCUACAACCGCACAGGCUACGGCCGCACACCUGUGAGCAAAAACAUUAGCCUGAUCACGCCCUCUCCGACCACACCUACCUUCGCCGCUGCUGCUGCAAAGCGCGCCGCUUCCGCGCAGAGCCCGAAGUCUGAGCUGUUUGAUGAUAGAGAGGAGUAUGACAUGUAUUCGAUCAAUGUGAGGCAUGGGAAGAGGGAUACUCCCGGCUCAUCGCUUAAUGGGAUUGAGGUCACGACUGAGAUGUCUUUUAUUCGGAGUCCGAGUGGGAAGAUUGAGCAGGUGGCCACAAGUAAGGGCCAUUUUGUUGAUGCUUGA